GUCGCGUCAGGGGAGCGUGUCCCGCGCGGGCUGCCGUAGCGCCGCUCCCUGCCGCUGUGUCCGGAACAUGGCGGCCUCCGAGUGCGGGUUGGCUUCGGGUCCCGGCGGCGUCGAAGGCGAGGAAGAGACGAUCCUCUACGACUUGCUGGUCAACGCCGAGUGGCCGCCGGAGACAGAAGUGCAGCCUCGAGGUAACCGAAAGCAUGGGGCAUCAUGUAUCAUCACAAAAGCAAUCCGAGAUCGUUUAUUGUUUUUACGCCAAUACCUCUGGUACAGCCCUGCUCCUUUUUUGCUCCCUGAUGGCCUGGUCCGAUUGGUGAAUAAACAGAUAAGCUGGCAUUUGGUCCUUGCGAGCAACGGGAAGCUGCUGGCUGCUGUUGAGGACCAGUGUGUGGAGAUCAGGUCUGCAAAAGAUGAUUUUACGUCUAUUAUUGGGAAAUGUCAAGUUCCCAAAGACCCCAAACCCCAGUGGAGACGGGUAGCAUGGAGCUACGAUUGCACGCUGCUGGCCUAUGCGGAGAGCACUGGCACUGUGCGGGUAUUCGACCUCAUGGGAAGUGAGCUCUUUGUCAUUGCUCCGGCUUCUAGUUUUGCUGGUGAUUUGAGCUGUGCCAUCGCUGGGUUGAUAUUUUUAGAAUACAAAGCCAGUGCACAGUGGUUGGCGGAACUCUUGGUCAUCAACUACCGAGGAGAACUCAGAAGUUACCUCGUCAGUGUCGGAACAAACCAGAGCUACCAAGAGAGUCACAGUUUCAACUUCAGUAGUUUUUAUCCUCAUGGAAUCAGUACUGCUAUUUACCACCCUGCUCACAGACUUCUGCUCGUGGGUGGCUGCGAGGCUGCAGAGGCGGGCAUCUCAAAGGCGGCCAGCUGUGGCCUGUCUGCGUGGAGAGUCCUCUCAGGGUUACCGUAUUACAAGCAGGUCGCCAGCGGUGGAGACAGGGUCCCUGUGGUACCUAAGACACUGGGACUACUGAGGAUAUUAAGUGUCAAGCUUUAUAGCCACCAGGGCCAAGAACAGGAUGGGAUUUUCAAGAUGAGCCUCUCUCCGGAUGGGAGCCUGCUUGCAGCCAUCCACUUCUCGGGGAAGCUGAGCAUCUGGGCCGUGCCGUCUCUGAGGCAGCUGCAUGCAUGGGAGCAGAGUGAGCAGCCAGGCUAUGAUGACCUUAAUCCGGAUUGGAGGCUCUCUACUGAGAAGAGAAAAAAAAUAAAAGAUAAAGAGUCCUUUUACCCGCUGAUAGAUGUCAGUUGGUGGGCAGAUGGUGCUGUGACUUUGGCUCGGUGUUCUGGGGCUUUAACUGUUUCCUCUGUGAGAACCUUGAAGAAUUUACUGGGAAGAUCCUGUGAGUGGUUUGAACCAUCACCCCAAGUCACUGCUGCCUAUGAUGGGGGAUUUUUAAGUUUGGAGUGUGAGAUUAAACUUGCCCCCAAACGCUCUCGUUUGGAGGUGAGAGCAGGAGACGAAGAUGAUGGAGAAGAGGAUUCUGAGUCCGAUCACGAAACAUCGGCCAAGGCUCGCUACUUUGGUUACAUAAAGCAGGGCCUUUAUCUGGUGACAGAGAUGGAGCGAUUUGCGCCUCCACGGAAGCGGCCUCGGACCAUUACUAAGAACUACCGCCUCGUGAGCCUGCGCUCCACGACGCCAGAGGAGCUCUUCCAGAGGAAGAUUGAAAGUGAAGAGUACGAGGAAGCCUUGUCUUUGGCUCACACCUACGGCCUGGAUACAGACCUUGUCUACCAGAGGCAGUGGAGAAAGUCAGCUGUCAAUGUUGCCUCCAUUCAGAAUUACCUGAGUAAAAUAAAGAAGCGAUCCUGGGUGCUCCAUGAGUGUUUGGAGCGUGUUCCUGAAAAUGUGGAGGCGGCCCAAGAGCUGCUGCAGUACGGCUUGAAAGGUACCGACCUGGAGGCCUUGCUUACCCUGGGGAGCAGCGUGGAUAGUGGCAGGUUUACGUUGCCUGGUGAUGUGGACAUUGAUGCCAUCUCCUACGAGGAGCUGUCACCCCCAGAGGAGGGGCUUGCCCAGAAGCGAAAGGAGAAGGCGCUCGGGGAGAGAUGUGAACUACUUAAACUCGUGAGCUUCACUGAGUUGACCCUGGAGCAGAAGGAGCUUUGCCGGUGUAGACUGAAAUUACUGACUUACUUAGAUCGACUUGCAACAUACAAGGAAAUCCUAGGCGUGUCUCAUGCCUCUGAACAGAGAUACGAUGCUGAGUUCUUUAAGACCUUCAGGAGGCAGAAUAUUGUUCUCUCAGCAAGAACUUAUGCUCGGGAGAGUAAUGUACAAGCCUUAGAGAUUCUGUUUACAUACCACGGUUCUGACCUGCUUCCUCACCGCCUUGCGAUUCUCUCCAACUUUCCAGAAACUACCUCCCCACACGAGUAUUCUGUGCUGCUACCUGAAGCUCGUCGUCGCGGUGACUCCUUGGUGAUCAUUCCUUGGCGUGAGCGUAAACACAGAGCUAAAGAUUGGUGUGAGGAGUUGGAGUGCAGAAUGGUUGUUGAGCCGAGCCUGCAGGAUGAAAGUGAGUUUCUGUAUGUUGCGCAGCCUGAGUUGCUGCGGUACCGGACUGCACAGCUGGCAGUAGAAGAGGCGAUGGACUGGUACCAGAGAAGGGCCGAGGAGAUUGAGCACCACGCUGGCCAGGUGGACUGCGCACUGUCACUGGUUCGCCUUGGGAUGGAGCGGCAGAUCCCUGGGCUGCUGCUCCUGUGUGACAACCUGGUUACCCUGGAGACGCUGGUGUACGAAGCAGGCUGUGAUGUAGCCCUGACCCUGGAAGAGCUCCAGAGGAUGGAAGACAUCGAGAAGCUGAGAUUACUCAUGAGCAGUUGUUCUGAGGACAACUACGUGACGAGCGCCUACCAGUGGAUGGUGCCCUUCCUGCACCGCUGUGAGAAGCACUGCCCAGGCGCAGCCAGUGAGCUGCUGAGAGAGUAUCUAGUAACCUUAGCUACAGGAGACCUACGGCUGCCCCUGAAGAUAUUUCAGCAUUCCAAGCCAGAUCUACAGCAAAAAAUUAUCCCUGAUCAGAACCAGCUGAUGGCCACAGCACUUGAGUGCAUCUACAGCUGCACGCGCAGUGACCAGCUCCCUCUCUGCUAUGACAUCCUGGAGUGCCUGCCUCAGAGAGGGCAUGGUCAGAAGACACAAGUAACCUCAACUCUUCAUGACAUGGUGGACCAGCUAGAGCGGAUUCUCAGUGUGUCGGAGCUUUUGGAAAAGCAUGGACUUGAGAAGCCGAUUUCUUUUGUUAAAGACACGCAGUGUGAUGUGGAAGAGGCACGCAAGCUGAUGGUGAGGCUGGCCAGGCACACCGGCCGGAAGCAGCCUCCCGUGGGCGAGUCGCACUGGAGGGCGUUGCUGCAGGACAUGCUGGCAAUGCAGCGGGACGUGUACUUCUGUCUGGAUGCUGAGACUUGCUACGAGAUCUUUACCGAAAGCCUGCUCUGCUCCAGUCGCCUGGAGAACAUCCAGCUGGCCGGGCAGCUGAUGCACUGUCAGGCCGGCUCGGCAGACCCUGUGGCCAGCGCAGCCCAGAAGGGGAGGCUGCAGCACCGGCUGGGCUACGAGAAGAGCAUGCACUUGGUCCUGACUGCCAGCAGGGAGUACUUCAACUCCUCCACCAGCCUCAUGGACAGUUGCAUGGACCUGGCCAGGUGCUGCUUACAGCUGAUAGCAGAUAGGCCUGCUGCCAUUCAAGAAGAGCUCGACCUAAUCCAGGCCCUCGGGUGUCUUGAAGAGUUUGGGGUAAAGAUCCUGCCUUUGCAAGUGCGGUUGCGUGCUGACCGGCUCAGCCUCAUAAAGGAAUGUAUUUCGCAGUCCCCCACGUGCUACAAACAGUCUGUCAAGCUCCUCAGUCUUGCUGAGUUGCUGAGGGUUGCAGGUGAGGACCCUGAAGAAAGGCGUGGGCAGGUUCUGGUCCUGUUGGCUGAGCAGGCCCUCCGUUUCCAUGACUACAAGGCAGCCAACCUACACUGUCAGGAGCUGAUGGCCACAGGUUACCCUCAAAGCUGGGAUGUCUGUAGUCAGCUGGGACAAUCAGAAGGGUACCAGGACUUGGCCACUCGACAAGAGCUCCUGGCUUUCGCGCUGACCCAUUGCCCACCAGGCAGCAUUGAGCUGCUCCUGGCAGCCAGAAAUUCUCUGGAGGCUGAAAUUCUUUACCAAAGAGUGAAUUCCCAAAUCCAGGCAGAAGGAGGAGAGGGCAUUGGUGUCUCACCGUUGGUUGGCCGGGCCCCACGUGAGGCUGAGCCGGACGGUCCAGGCAGUGGCUCGGCUGACCUGUUGAGCUGGACCACUGCCACCACCAUGAAAGUCCUUUCCAACACCACAACGACCACCAGGGCUGUGCUGCAGGCCGUCAGUGACGGGCAGUGGUGGAAGAGGUCUCUGACUUACCUCCGGCCCCUCCAGGGGCAAGAAUUCAGUGGCUUUUAUCAAGCUGGAGCUGUAGCCAAUGAAGACCUAGAAAGGCAAGGAUGUCAUCCUUUUUAUGAGUCAGUCAUCUCGAAUCCCUCUGUCACUGAGCCUGGCGUGACCUUCAACACUGGUCAGCAGGCCCCUGUGGAGAGCUUUGCAGAGGUGCUGCUGAGGACUGGGAAACUGGCAGAGGCCCAGACGGACGGGAGCGAAGCAUUUCCAACCACGGAAGUUCUCUUACAGCUGGCGAGCGACGCUUUGCCCCGUGACAUGACCUUGGCCCUUGCUUACCUCCUCGCCUUACCACAGGUGUUAGACGCGAACCUGUGCUUCGAGAAGCAGUCACACUCAGUGCUGUCCCUCCAGCUGGCAGCGUACUACUACAGCCUCCAAAUCUACGCCCGCCUGGCCCCAUGCUUCAGCGAUAAGUGCCACCCUCUGUACAGAGCUGACCCCAAAGAGCUGAUCAGGAUGGUCACCAGGCACGUGACUCUCCGUGGACAUGAAGCCUGGCCGGAGGACCUGGCCUCGCUCACUGCGCAGCUGCAUUACUACAACGAGCGUUUGCUGGACCUCACACAGGCACAGCUCCUGCAGGGCCUGGGCAAGGGAGUGGACGUGCAGCGCUUCACCAUCGAUGACCAGUACAAGCGAGAGACUAUCCUCGGGCUGGCGGAAACCCUCGAGGAGACUGUCUACAGCAUCGUGCUCUCCCUGGCGCAGCGGUACGGCGUCUCCCACUGGGAAGUCUUCAUGACCCACUUGGAGUUCCUGUUCACCGACAGUGGUUUGCCCACAGCUGAAAUUGAGAAGCGGGCGCAGGCCCUUCACCUCUUUGAGACCCUGAAGAUGGACCCGGAAGCCUUUCACAGGCACAUGGCCAAGUACAUCUAUCCCUCCAUUGGUGGCCUUGACCACGAGAGGCUGCUGUAUUAUUUCACUCUCCUGGACAGCUGUGGCUGUGCGGACGUGGGGAACCCAGCCCUGAAGCCCGAGACCCACAUACGGCUGCUGAAGAAGUUUAAAGUUGUUGCGGCAGGUCUCAACUAUAAAAAGCUGACGGAUGGAAGCAUGAGCCCUCUGGAGGCCUUGGAGCCAGUUCUUUCAAGUCAGAACGUCCUAGCUAUUUCCAAACUCGCCCCCAGCAUCCCUGAGAGGGACAGGGGGACGCUGUCCCCGAGUUCGCUGUACACUGUCUGGUUGCAGAAGCUCUUCUGGACGGGGGACCCGCACCUGAUCAAGCAGGUCCCCAAAUCCUCCCCGGAGUGGCUCCGCUCCUACGACGUCUGUGUGAGGUACUUCGACCGCCUGCACCCACGCGACCUCAUCACCGUGCUGGAUGCAGUUACAUUUUCUCCAGAAGCAGUGGCUAAGCUGUCCGUGGAUGUGCGUGAAGAGAUGACCAGGAAGGCCAUUGCCACCAUCACACGCUUAAUGGAGAAACCACAGAAAAGGAAUUCAGAAGAUGCUCAGGCAGCCGGGGCCUCCGAGGUCACCUACGCCGAUGCUCUGAAUCACCUGCAGAAGUCACUCGCUCACCUGGGGACACUGGGCCACAGCUUCGUCCUCUCUCUGAAGGACAGCGAGCAGGAGGCCCUGCGGAGGUACCGUGAGCUGUACGACCUGUCCCGCUCGGAAGAGGGGCCACUGCGGAGCCUGGCUGUGAGCAUGUGUUUGGACGGCCAGCCGCUGGCCAUGAUUCGGCAGCUGCUUGAGGUGGCAGUAGGCCCCCAGGACGUGUGCCCCAAGGAUGUUGUGCGAAGCGCCAUUGAGAAAAUAAUUUCUGCAUUGAGUGGAGGUGAUGCAGACCUCACUGGGACACGUGACCCACUCCAGGUCCUGGAAGGCGUGGUGACAGCUGUGCAUGCCAGUGUGGACACAGGGGAGCAGCUGGUUGUCCCUGAGGACUUACUAGAGUGGCUGAGGCCCUUCUGUGCGGACGACGCACUCCCCGUGCAGCCCCGUGUCCACGUGCUGCAGGUCUUGGAGCAGUCCUUCUGCCUGACGGAGGAGGACAGCAGGCUGCUGGUGUUCUUCCGGACAGAGGCCAUCCUCAAAGCCGCCUGGCCUGGGAGGCAGGUGGCUGUCACCGACGUCAAGAGCGGGGAACAGCGCUCUGCCCUGUUCACGGAGCUCCUGGAGUGCAGCCACAGUGAGGCCGAGUUCCAGCACCUGGCCCUGCUCUUGCAGGCCUGGCCCCCUCUGCAGAGCGAGCACGCAACUGGCGUGACCAGGAGCCCAUGGCUGAGACUGGCGACUGCGAUGCUGAGCCGGUGCCCGGCGCAGAGCAGGGAGGCCGUGGGGAAUGAGGUCCUGAGGAUGUGCCGCUCUCUGCGCCACACCCAGCAGGUGCUGCCCGCGGAGGGCGUGAAGGAGCUGUGCCUGCUGCUGCGUGACCAGGGACUGCCCCUGCCGUCCCUGAAGCUGCUGCUGGAGCACCCAGAGCCAGAGCUACGGCCCCUGGCCCUGGAGCAGGUCACUGCUGUCACGCAGGUGGAUGACUCCAACUGCGAUCCUGAGCUGCUGUCCCUGCUGCUGGACACCGGGCUGCUGGUGCCCUGCGUCUCCACCCCCUUCUACCCGCGCCUCAUCUGCCACCUGCUGGCUGCACAGGGCCACUGGGACGCGGAACAGCUGGCUGCACAGCUCUGGGGGGCUGGCCACGAGGCCGAGGCAGGGUCGCUCCUGCUGGCUGCACGGGGGACACACCGGGCCUUGAGGACUUUCCGUGCUGCCCUGGGCACUGGGCAGCUGUGGGGUGAGGGAGGAGAUGCGGGCUGCCCCACUGAGGGUCUCCAUUCCUAGCACUGCAAAUAAAGCCAAGCAUCUGCCAGCAUCCA